UCAUAUCGUCGUGCACGGAGAGGGCACUGCGGGUGAUGGGAUGUAGAAGGGCGGGACACCCAGGUACUCAGACAUGCCCAGCACAAACAACUGAUUCAUCAUACAAGCAUCCAGCAUGGAUGCGAAUGCGUUUGACGGUGUAUCUGCCUCACUUGCUGUCUGUGUAUGUUGAGGAACGAGCACAGUUCAGCGCCGGCACGGAUGGUCCAUAGGAAACGAAGUUCUUGCCGAUCUGCACUCAUGAACGCAUACGCAAUCAGCAUCUAGAACAAUCAUUCAAUCAGCUUACGUGUGGUUGAUGUGCACCGGCACACAUAGGGAUUCCACUCCUCCUCCAGCGGACAAAACUCGCACUCCUCCCCUUCGUCAGAUUCAGCUGCUUCCCUUUCCGACGGGAGUGGUGGGGGUGGAGCCUCGCCGUCUUUCUUCUGUGGGUGUGCAGGAGCGACAGAAGGAAGCUGGAAGGGCAGCUUCUCUUUUGCCUCUUCUCUCUGUCGUGGUGGUGUCACACGAAGUGAAGUCACGGAUGGCGGUGGUGCGGUCGGCUCCAUUUUCUUGUCUUCUACUGUCUUGACGUCUUCUACUGUCUUGAUGUCUUCUGCCUUCUUGGCCACCAGUGUCGGUGUCGGCUUUGGGGUGGGCGUAGGCUUUGGUGUGGGUGACGGUGAUGGUACCGCGAGGUUGCGGAAGACAUCGAGUGGCGGCAGGGUCAGGUUGCCGUACAGACUUGUACUGUACAACAUGCCUGGAAAAGGCAAGGUCAGCCAUAGAGACAUGGACUUCUGUCUGCAGGCAUCGCACAUGCAUACCGUUGUCCCGCAUCUGCUGACGGAAGGUUUUUGAGUCGCGGUAGAUCUCAUCAGCCUGUAUGAAAGAGUACGCCAAACACCAUCAAUCAGUGUUCGUCCUUGCUGGUGUGGUUUCAAUGACUCACUCGUUUGGCGACGUCGAGAAUGCUCUCGAUUGUGUUCGCGAAUCGGGUGGUGGCGCUCUCCACCUACACAUCAAGCAUUCCAUUUAUCCAUCCGUUCAUCCAUCCACCCCACACACAGCCAGCCAGCUAGCCACCCACCCACACUCUGAUACUCACCGCCAGGCCGAUGACUCUCGUGUCGUCGUGCUGAUUCACCCUUUCCUCCUUCUUCAUUUCGUCUCUCCCACCGACAGCCAGCUGCACAAAGCUCGAUCCCUUCCUGUCGGCUCUUAGCAUGGCGGGUGCGUUGAGCAGCGUCAUGAUGGGCCAGCUGGUGAGCAGCGAACGAGGCGAGAAAUCAACCACGCGCCUGGCAUCGAUGAAGCUGGACUGCGCUGCUGUGGGUGGAGGGGCUGCUGUUGUGGUGGUUGUGGUGGGUGUGCUGGUUGGUUGGGCGGUUUGCUGUGGUUUGAGCUCAUGUGUUUGCUGUGGUUUGAGCUCAUUGACUACCUUCUCAAAGACUUGUGCUGCUUUCUCCCGCACCUGCCAUACAAAUCAAAAUGUGUCUCUGUGUAUGGAAAGCUGUGUGCUUGCCUCCCUGACGAUGUGCCAGCACUGGUUGAACAACUGCGUGAAGCUCGCGUCAUCAACCCUCAAUACAUACGUAUAUGGGGGCUGCAUGGUCGACACAACAGACACGUGUCUCACUGAUGUGUCUCAUCCCUCUCUGGUCUCACCUGCCCGUCUCUUUGCUUCCUCUCGGCUUUGGUAUGUGCGUCCACCGAACAGCCGAUUUCACACAGCAGAGCCUCGUAGAAGGACAAAGUCGGCAGCUGACACUCCAGCGCGUAUCGGGCCAUGACACACAUCGACUUGUCCAGCUCCUUCUCUUUUUUCUGCACCGCAGCCGCCGCUCCCAUGUCGGUGUCCUGCAGCAGAUGUAUCAGAUCCGGGAUGAAGCUAGAUGCACGGUUGGCGAAAUCAGACAGCCGGGCACGCUGCAUGAAUGGAAGGGAAGGCAUGCAUAAGAUGUCAGAUGUGAGGUGUUGCCUCACGUGGGGAAGUAUCACUGCGGCCACUCUGUCCAAGUAAGAGGCGCGGCAGCACACAGGGGCGUCUCGGUAGCGAAGACACAUCGUGCUCGCCGCACCCGCCUGACACACACACACAUGGACCAGCCAUCAGCCAUCAACCUUCAACAAUUCUUUUCCCCUUUCGUGUCUUGCACCUUGGGAAGCGUUUCUGCCUUCAUCCGAUGGAACUCUUUCCCACUCUCGCCGUGGGGCUCAUGCCCAUCCCUGACACCGCCCUUGGUGCCGUUCUCCUCCUGUCGAUACACGUCCACCGCCUCACCCACCCCAUCGUAAUAGCCCUCGGCCACACUCACGCCAUCAGCAAACACUGACCGCACCAAAUCUGGACCUCUGCACUGCUCGCCGUCCGGUGCCGCGGUAUUUCUCUUGCUGCUCUCAUUCUCCUCUGGCUUGCCAGAUGUUGGUGCAGAUUGAGCCAGCUGCAGCCAUUGAUGUGCUGCUGGCAGGGCAGUAUGCUUGUUCAU